UAUUGCAUCAAUGUUUGGCCGACUCUAACUUUCUCUGUAAUGCUGACUGUGUGACUGUGCAAUUUAGACCUUCGCUCCUUCAGCUGAGCCGUAGACCGUAGUUAGUGUACGUAGCGAGCCUGGGCUGACGUAGCGCGCCGCGUAGUUGUCGUAUUUAGGCCGCGAUUACCAACUUUAUCGGAUGUCUGUGUUGUGUAUUUGCAAAUUGGGUGGUUGUUUUGUGACGUCACGUGUAUGCAAGUUGAAUAUUCUUUGUGGUAACGUUGCCUUUGAUAUGAUAAACAUUAUCUACAGAUGAUAGUAGUAUCAAAUAGUCUCCAGUUGAUUCCGUUAUUCGUGUGCACACCGUACGUUUCGUACGAAAAAAGUGAUAUUUUAUAGUGUAUAGUGUAGUUGCUAUAGCAGUUGUUUCAGUAUUGUAUGCCCCGCGGUCGGGACGAAAUGCAAGUCAACGUGGCCGGCCUUAGAAGAAAUAUUAAAAACCUCGCGCACAACUAUUCCGAUGCCCAGGUAAAAGUGCGCGAGGCUACAUCAAACGACCCAUGGGGCCCUUCAAGUACGCUGAUGGCGGAGAUCGCCGACCUCACGUACAACGUGAUGGCAUUCACAGAGAUCAUGCAGAUGAUCUGGAAGCGACUCAACGACCACGGCAAGAACUGGCGGCACGUCUACAAGGCCCUGGUCCUCAUGGAGUACCUCAUCAGGACCGGUAGUGAAAAGGUAGCGAUGCAGUGCAAAGAGAACAUCUUUGCAAUACAUACGCUCAAGGAUUUCCAGUAUAUGGAGGAGGGAAAAGAUCAAGGUCAAAACGUUCGUGAGAAGGCGAAAGCGUUAGUGAACCUGUUGAAGGACGAGGAGAGGCUGAAGAACGAGCGAGCGCGCGCCCUCAAGGCCAAGCAGAGGUUCGCGCAGAGUGCCAGCGCAUUCGGCAGCGACGGCGCACUCGACACGCCCAGCAGCCCCUCCUACCCUGCCUUCGGCAGUGAAGGCGCGCUAGGAGGGCUAGACUCCAGCCCAUACCCUACGCUGAGCGGUGAGUCGGCGGAGUGGUCCGGGCGCGAGGCGGAGCUGGCGCGGCCGCUGACGGCGGGCGAGGAGGAGCUGCAGCUGCAGCUGGCGCUGGCCAUGUCGCGCGAGGAGGCCGAGCGCGACGAGAGGCGUCGCCGCUCCGACGACGUACGCCUGCAGCUCGCCAUCAGCCAGUCCCAGCAGGACUUCCAGACAACAGAUGGCCUGCCGCCGCCUAAGAAGGGCCAGUCGUCGUCCCAACAGUCGCACCUGCUGGACCUGCUGGACGUGAACCUCAGCAGUCCGCCGUCCUCCGCGCCACCCCCACUAGUGGAUCCGUGGGGCGGCGUCGAACAACCUAGACCGGAGACGUCAUCUGACGCAUGGUCGGCAGUAGGAAGCCCCGCGAAGGACCCCUGGGCCCCCGCUGCUGCGCCGGCUGACCCCUGGGCACCCGUCGCGCAUGCCAAGUCUCCAGUAUCGGUCCUAUCGUCGCCUUCAUCGUCAGAGCUGGAGCAGUUCGACGCACUAUCGCAGCGACCCCGCAACAACAUCAACAACAAUGCCGAGCCCGACCCAUUCGAUCUCACCGCGUUAAGUGAUAGUCUCACACCGAAGCCGUCGUCCCCGGCGGUUGGUGCGGGAAUGAAGAAGUCACCGUCUGCGUUCCUGGGCGAGAACUCGUCGCUGGUGAACCUGGACCGGCUGCUGCAGCCGGCGCCGGCGGCGGAGCCCCCCGCCGCGCCGCACAACCCCUUCGCGGGCGAGCCCCUCGCCGCGCCCGCCCCGCCCCGCGCCCCCCACCACAUGUUCACACAGCCACAGCCGGCAAGGCUAACUAUGAACGAGCUGAAACAGCAGCAGAUGGGUCUGACAGGACUCAACUUCGGCACGGCGUCCCCAGCGUUUGGGGCGUCGGCUCCCAUGGGCAGUAUGGCGGCCCCGGGCAGUAUGGCGGCCCCGGGCAGCAUGGCGGCCCCGGGCAGCAUGGCGGCCCCGCUGGCGGGCGGCAUGGCGGCGGCGGGCGGCGCGGACCCGUGGGCCCCCGUGCCAGCGCCGCGCUCCACGUCGCCCUGGUCGCCCCCGCACCAACGACACACGCCCAACCCCUUCCUCUCCUAGCCGCUCACCACACAGGGAUCAAGCUAACGCGGGGCACGUCGCCUGCGACGGCGUCGGGCCGGGCCGUACCCGGCGCGGCCGGUUGAGGCAGGCCCGGCCCGGGUCCGGCGCCCCCCUCACAAACUGUUCUACUACCACGACUACGUGUACUUGACCAAAUCAUAAGUGUACCCCACUGUCGCGAGUACUAGUACCGAACAAUCGUUUAUUCCUCAGUCGCCGCUUUACGGAGUUAGCAUUUUGUUUCUUUUGUACGUCAUUAUACAAACGAUCACCAAGUUUGAUUACCAAUAAAAUGUAUGUAUAUUAAUUGUAUUUGUUGUAAUAAUAAUUACGCAAUGGUGUGUGGUAUAAUGUGAAAUUAUGUUCUAAUAAUAUAUUAUGGACUCAUUGGUGGUAGGUAGAAGACUCGGGUGUCGAUGCCAUCUGCAAUACAAAAAAAAUGUUGACAAAAAAAAUACAAAAUGAUUUAAUUUUAUUAAAAAAAUGUAUAAAAUGUACGACGGAUGCUAUUUAAAAAUAUAAUACUUAUAAUAAAUAAGAAAUUAGUCGUGUUGAGUAUUAUUGCGUUGUCAGCGUGUGUAUGUUCCGUUGUGUCGAUGUGUCGACACCCACUGACUACAGCCGCAGUACAGGAUGUAACAUGAAAUGUCUCUAUGAAUAGACUGGAUAAUGCUGUGAGCUGUCGUGUAAUAUAUGUAGCCGAGCCUGUCUGUCUGUGUGUCGCCGCCGCACGUAGACUAGUUACUGCGCUAGGAAAUUAUUCGUAAUUUUAUAUUGUACAAACAUCUGAAUAAUUAAGAUUGUACAGUUUCCGAUUUGAUAAAGUAUAUAGUUGUAAAGUGGUCGUGUUAUGUGCUUAUAUCUAUCGUCAACGUAAAUGUAAUGACAUUUAAAGUAAAUAAGGCAAUAAAUCUACAUAAUUGUAAUAUUAAACGGGUCUGGUUAAAUCAGACUCGUAAGGCUAGACUGUAAUAAUAGUGCACAGCGCGCACAGACAGACAGAGUACAUAGUAAAGUAGCAUAGUGAAGUAGCGGCAAUAGUGUUAACGUUUGGGGCCGACGUCGACCGCUACACAUUCGCGAUUACCUGUACAAUAUUCUCGAAUAGUUGGGAGUCUAUAUCUGACGUGAUCCGUGGCGAUGUCCGUGGCUAUAUUAUGAGCAAUAGUAAGCGUGUAAUGGUUGCACCAUUGUGCCUCAUAAUAAUAUGUUAACACACCAAAAACCUUGC